AAACCAUAUCCGGGCGUUAGGUCAACUUGCAUGCCGGGAAAGAAAGUAUUUCAUCGCUGCUCACCACAUGUGAAUAGUCGUGUUCGCUGUACAGCAACGUUAGCAGAAAGAAAAGAAUACGCAGAAAACAUGGCAAAGUCAGGCAAAACUACCCAAUUAAAGACCUCUAAAAAGAGAAUCGGAAAGAUCAGCGAAGACAAUAACUCUGAGGUUCAGACUGAUUCUCCAGCAUCAACAGAGGAAGCUGCCACUACUCCACAGGUCAUCGUUUCCACAGAACCUGAAGAGAACAAGGUCAAAGAUGCCCCAGGUAGCAAAUGCUUUGAGGGGUGGUAAGAAGCCUAGACUGUAUAUCUGCGUAUGACAUCAAGUCCCAACAUGUAGCCUAAUUGGAAUGGUGAUAAUGUUCAUAUGAAAUUUCUUAAAUACAAAACACAAAAGAAACAAUAUGUUUUUAAAUUCAGUAGGUAUUUCCAAUGUCAAUUAAUAUUGUUUGUGUAGCUUCAGAAGCGGAACAGAUGGACACAACUGCUGAUGCGAAAAAGGUUCAAGUCCAGGGUGAGGUCAAAGAACAGAACGGAAUUGUAACCAAUAUUUGCCAGAUGUCACCCAUUAGUUGUUUUUCAUCAGGGUAUCUAUGGAAUAGUGUUUUAAUACAUGUCUGCAUUUCUCUCUCCAGCUGUUGCAGCAGCCCCAGUAAAGAGAAAAGCGGAAGCAGAGGAUGAGACUUCUCCAGCGAAGAAAACAAAGUGCAUUAAUGAUGGUUUUUGUCUUUUUGUUGGAAGCUUGAACACAUCCAAGACAGUGGAGGAAAUUAAUGAUGCCUUGGCAAACUUCUUCACAUCGCAUAGUCUGUUGUUUCAGGAUAUUCGAGUGGACAUUACAAAGAAAUUUGCAUAUGUCGACUUUGACACAGAGGAAAACUUGACAAAAGCCCUUGAGCUGAAUGGGGAGAAGAUCCUGGACCGAAAGAUGAGGCUAGGCAAGGCCAAGGUCAAAGACCCCACAGUAGAUGACAAAAAAGCUAAAGAUGCCAGGACCUUGUUUGUCAAGAAUAUUCCAUUUGCAGCAACAAAGGAGGACUUGAGGAAAGUCUUUGACACGGCUGUCGAAAUCAGGUUUCCUGGAGGCAUUGGCACCCCAAGCAAAGGAAUUGCCUACAUAGAGUUCGAAACGGAGGCCACUGCUGAGAAAGUGCUGGAGGAGAAGCAGGGGAUUGAUGUCCAAGGCCGUGUAAUCGUUAUUGACUUUUUGGGAGAAAAGAGCCUACAACAGAAAAUAAUCAAAGCUCCAGCUGAGGCCACACCAAAUAACGAAUUACUGGUGACCAACCUGGCUUACGCUGCAAAAGAGGAUGCCCUGAAGGAAAUCUUUCUCAAAGCAGUCAGUGUCAAGAUACCACAGAGCAAUGGUAAACCGAGAGGUCAUGCCUUCAUUCAGUUUGAAAGUGUGGAAGAUGCCAAAGAAGCCCUGGAAUCAUCGUUAAACAAAGAGAUUAGUGGAAGAGCCAUCAGAGUAGAGUUCAGCCAGAAGAGGCCAGAAGGUGACAAAGGGAACACUGUUCCUUCGAAGACGUUGAUGGUCAGGAAUCUUGCCAAGGAGACGAGUGAGGAGACUUUGAAAAGUGUCUUUGAAGGUGCCAUUGAAGCUCGAGUCACCAAAGACAAGUCGACUGGCAUAUCUAGAGGGUUUGGCUUUGUGGACUUUGAGAGCCCAGAGGUCUGUAAGGCUGUCAAGGAUGCCAUGGCAGACCUACAGAUUGAUGGGAGCAAGGUGACCCUGGUCUAUGCCAAACCACCGGGUGAAAGAGGAUCUCGUGGAGAAGGAGCGGGCUCGAACAUGCGUUACGGAGAGAAACCCGGGGCUAGAGGUGGCUCUGGAGGCAGGGGCAGAGGUAGAGGCUCCAGAGGUGGACGAGGAGGCAGAGGUAGUGGCGGCGCAAAGAGGACUUAAAAAAGAAAAGAAGUAAAGGAAGGCGCUUUUUAUUUUUUACAAUGGACUGCUGCAACAGCUCUAUUUCAACGUCUACAUUUCCUGACACGUUUGUGAUGGGCACCUAACGAUAAUCAGAAACAAACCAAUUUGUUUAGCGAUAUAUGUGAAAAGUUUCUACCACGUUGUUCAUACAUAAUGGUGAAAUGUCUGACACAUUGUACUGUACGUGUAACGUUUUUGUCUGUUUUACUUUAGUUUACCUUUUUAAUUGUUAAUUUCAUGUAAAGACUUUAUUGAAGGCUGGGCAAUUAAAAGGUCCCCAAAUUUCAGA